CCUCCAUUUGUUAUUCAGCCCCCUUAGCUUUAACAAAACUCACUCAACUACUACUCCUAAUGACGUCCCACCAUCUUUCAACAUACCUCUCCUAAACAUUUCUCUUAAAUAUGCCUGUUUCUUCCUCUCCACCUCCCAUCUUAGACAGCUUCCUGUGUUGAUUGCUUUUUUUGGGUUCUCGAGACUCUUCCACAAUGAGGAAAUGCUUGUGGUUGUGGGGUUUGCUUUUUAUUGCUUUGGGGUUCGCAUGGAGCAUUACCGCUGAGCGCAAUCCUCGCACUGAAAGAAUUUCUGGAAGUGCAGGUGAUGUGUUGGAAGAUGAUCCAGUUGGAAGGCUGAAAGUAUAUGUAUACGAGCUUCCAAGCAAAUACAACAAGAAAAUCCUUCAGAAAGACCCCAGAUGUCUUUCACAUAUGUUUGCUGCUGAGAUCUUCAUGCACAGGUUUCUCUUGUCAAGUCCCGUUCGAACACUCAAUCCAGAGGAAGCUGAUUGGUUUUACACCCCUAUAUAUGCAACUUGUGAUCUUACACCCACUGGCUUGCCAUUGCCCUUCAAGUCCCCACGGAUGGUUAGAAGUGCAAUACAGCUUAUUUCCUCGAGCUGGCCUUACUGGAAUAGAACAGAGGGGGCUGAUCAUUUCUUUGUUGUGCCCCAUGAUUUCGGAGCCUGCUUUCACUAUCAGGAAGAGAAAGCUAUAGAGCGGGGGAUCCUUCCAAUCCUGCGGCAUGCUACGUUAGUUCAGACAUUCGGGCAACGCAACCAUGUGUGCUUGAAUGAAGGUUCAAUCACAAUACCUCCUUACGCUCCCCCUCAAAAGAUGCAGGCCCGCCAGAUUCCACCAGAUACUCCACGUUCUAUUUUUGUCUACUUUCGUGGGUUGUUUUAUGACGUGAAUAAUGACCCUGAAGGUGGCUACUAUGCAAGAGGUGCAAGGGCAGCUGUUUGGGAGAAUUUUAAGAGCAAUCCACUGUUUGACAUCUCCACUGAGCAUCCAACCACCUAUUAUGAGGAUAUGCAACGAGCUAUAUUCUGCUUGUGCCCCCUUGGGUGGGCACCCUGGAGCCCUAGACUAGUGGAAGCUGUCGUGUUUGGGUGCAUUCCUGUCAUCAUAGCAGAUGAUAUAGUUUUACCCUUUGCCGAUGCUAUCCCCUGGGAGGAAAUCGGAGUUUUUGUUGCAGAAGAAGAUGUUCCCAAGUUGGAUAAAAUUCUCACAUCUAUACCACCCCAUGUAAUCUUGAGGAAACAGAGGCUUCUUGCAAAUCCUUCGAUGAAGCGAGCCAUGUUGUUUCCACAACCUACACUACCAGGAGAUGCUUUCCAUCAAAUAUUGAAUGGCCUUGCUCGUAAAUUGCCACACCCAAAGAGUGUUUACUUGAAGCCUGGUGAAAAGAUUCUAAACUGGACCGCAGGACCAAUCACUGACUUGAAACCUUGGUGAUGUUAAGCGUUGUUCCACAUUCAAUGUCGGUUGUACCAAGUAGAGUUAGGGAUUGGCCUUGUGUAGAAUUUGAAAUUUUUCUUAAAAAUUCCAAAUUUUUGUAUAGAAGCUCACGUAUGGAAAGACACAUUUGAGUAUAGCUAUACAAUCAUCAGAUUGAUGGCUCCUCACGCUUGCACAUAUAAAAGCCCGAAUAGCAACAAAUAUUUUUCAUCUAGAGUUUUACUUCUGCAAAUGUCCUCCGUUCCAUCAUAUCAUUUGAAUCCACAACCUACAGAAGUUCUUUUGA